CUCACGUUGUGGUGCCUGGCACUCAGAACCUCUCUUAGGUCUGGGGUCAGCCAAAUUUGACAAUCGUACUUCAAUUAAUGAAACUCUACUAAUCUUGCUUUGCCUAAAGUUCUUAUUUUAACAAUGGGAGACUAUUGAUUAUCUUUGUUCUGAGGACUGUGAUUUUCAAAUGGAGUACCAAGGGCAUAUGUUCCUGGCAAGCUCACAUCAGUAUCCUGCUGCACAGAAAGAAUGUGGAUGGCAAUUUUCCCAAACCCCGCCUCCCGAUGUCUACUCACAGUCAUGAUCCUGCAGCUGCCCAGGCUGGAUUCAGGAUACUUUAAAGUCCUUGGACCCCUGGAGCCCAUCCUGGCCUUAGUGGGCAAAGACUCUGAGUUGCCUUGUCACCUCUCACCCACCAAUGUGAGUGCUGAGCAUAUGGAGCUGCGGUGGUUCCGAAAUAUGUUCUCACCUGCGGUGUUGGUGUACCAGGAUGGGCAAGAGCAACAGGGAGAACAGAUGCCUGAGUACCAAGGGAGAGUGACAUUGGUGCAGGACAGUAUCACCUUAGGGCGUGCUGCUGUGAAGAUACACCACAUCAGAGUCUUUGAUGAAGGGGUGUAUGGAUGUUUCUUCAGAGACAAACACAUCCAUGGAGAAGCCUUCAUGCAUCUGAAAGUAGCUGCUCUAGGCUCCGAUCCUCACAUCACUAUGGAAGUUCAAGAGAAUGGACAGAUCCGGCUGGAGUGCACCUCAGUGGGGUGGUACCCAGAGCCCCAGGUGCAGUGGAGAACUCCCACAGGAGAGAAAUUACCAUCCUCAUUAGAGUCCAAGAAUCCUGACGAAGAAGGCCUGUUCACUGUGACAGCUUCGGUGACCAUCAGAGACAACUCCAUAGACAAUAUGUCCUGUUGCAUCCAGAACCUCCUUCUUGGCCAGAAGAAGGAAGCAGGGGUUUCCAUACCAGCUUCCUCUUUCCUAAUUUGGAAAACCUUGAUGUGGCCUGUGAUAUUUGUGGGACUUAUCGUCAUUGGAACAUUUUUCUCCUGGAAACUGUAUGGGAAAAUAGUCAGAAAGAGAAAGGACAAAACUGGUCACAUAGAAUGGCAAUUGGCCCGAUUGUAUGCAGUUGAUGUGACUUUGGAUCCAGACACGGCCCACCCCUACCUCUUUCUAUAUGAGGAUUCAAAAUCAGUUCGACUGGAAGAGUCACAUCAGAAACUGCCUAACAAACCAGAGAGAUUUGACUCCUGGCCCUGUGUGUUGGGCCAGGAGGCCUUCACUUCAGGAAGACAUUACUGGGAGGUGGACGUGGGAUACAGGACUGACUGGCUGGUUGGAGUGUGUAAAGAGAAUGUAAUAAGGAAAGGAUUUAUCCUCAUGUCUCCCAAGACUGGCUACUGGGUUAUGGAGUUGUCUGAAAAGGCAUACUGGGCCCUCACCCAACCCCGGAUCCCUCUUGUAUUGGCAGGAGCUCCUCGUCAGGUGGGGAUUUUCUUGGACUAUGAAUUAGGAACUGUCUCCUUCUACAAUGUGAAUGACAGAUCCCAUAUCUAUACUUUCCCCAAGACCUCUUUCUCUGGCCCCCUUCGUCCUUUAUUCUUGUUGUGGACUUGUGAUAAGAACCCCCUGAUCAUCUGUCCAAUUGUUGAUAAGCCACCAAAAGUCACAGUCCUUGUUGAUGCCCAAAGCCUUUAAAGAGAUUUUGUUGUCUCCCAUAGUAGAAUUGUCGUCACUCAGAAGUAGAGAUAUUCUCCUUUCUAAACAAGUAACAACUCACUCCAGCCACAGGCUCCUUCAGCCUCCUCACUUCAACCAAUAAGCAAGAGGUCUUUGCUCUUUAACCUUUCUCUAAUUUCUGUCCCUUCUCCUGAAGCUGUAGCUGUUGCUGUCAUACAGACCCUCAGUUACUUCUGUUGGCAGGAAUUAGGUUUAAGAAAAUAGGGAUGCAACUGGACUGGCAGAUUGUUGGGGACUUCUUAAUGUGCUUUAAAUCACACAGGUUCAGGGAAGUUGGAGUAAAGUUCAAGGACACAUAAAUUAAGAUUGAGUUGAGCAUGAGUGUGAUAGGAAACAACUUGGGAUCCAGAAUAGAAGUGAUGUGUGUGUGUGUGUGUGUGUGUGUGUGUGUGUGUGUGUGUGUGUAUAUAUAUAUAUAUACACACACACACACACACACACACACACACUCAUGAAGAAAGGUUAUAGAGAAAGAAAAGAUCUCAAGCUGAAGCCCACAUAGGAUAUUCAGGGAGAAUACAGAAAGAAAAUGAAGUGAAACCUGACUAAUAGUGAAAUAAGAAUGGCACCUUGGAAUUUGGCAGGUAUACAUUCUCCAAUUUUUGGUUCCAUAUCUAAUAGGGUAACAAAAUCCAGCCCUUCUUUUGGUUCUGGAUGGCAGACUGACAGAAAGAUGGGCUAAGAAAUGCAGAAAUGAGAAGGAUCUGCAACAAGGCAAUAUGAGGGAUUCUGGGUAGAACUCAAGACUGAUUUUCACAAUUUACAUCCAACCCUGAUCCCUUCCUCCUCCUCAUCCUACCCAUCCCUUAUUCAGAUCUUGACCUAACAUCACUCUGAGUUGUCUUCUCCCCUCCAUAGCUUUAUCAGCUCUGCACUUUAGAGAAAUUAUUGACUUAAUGUUUUCACCACUUUGAGCCUUAGCUUCUUGUUCCCAGGCUCAUUUAUCCAGUCUCCCCAUACUCUGCCAUUAUCUUUGGACAUGCUCAUUACCAACUACCAUCCUUUUCCAUACCUCCCACACCCAACCACUCUUCACAUGUAUAAAAUCUGUUCUGUUUACAGGUUGGUUUUCUUUAAUGUAAACCAUGUCCCGUUUACUCAUACUCAGUGUUUGUCCUUAUCAGAGUUUUAUGCCAUUGAGGAAGGGAUUAUUUGAGUCCAUAAUACACCAAAAACUGAGUCCAGCCAAUCACAGAGAAAUACACUAGAAUAUCUAAUGCUAUUUCACUAUAUAGUCUUCCUCUUGGUUUACAGUUACAAUUUGAAGAAGCCCAAAACCAUGACAAUUGUAUACCAAAAAUUGCAAUUUCUUACCCACCUUUAGCCUCUUGUCACAGUGUUGUCAUGUGUUGUGCUGGAUCCAGCUGCAUCCACUUGGGAGUUUGGAUCUAGAAGGUCUCCCAAAGGCUCAUUUGUUAAAGGCUUGGUCUCCAACUGGAAGUGCUACUGAAAGGUGGUGGAAACUUUAGACAGUAGGGCCUAGUUGGAGGAAGCAAGUCAUUGAGGAUGUGACUUUGAAAGGUAUGUUGAGAUCCCCACCUCUUCUUUUCUCUCUUCUUGUUUCCUGAUGGCCAUGAGGUAAACAAUUUCUUUCACCAUGUGUUCCCUACACAACAUAAGGCAACACAGGCCAAGCAACCAUGAACUGAAGCCUCUGAAACCAUAACCCAAAAUAAAUCUAUCUUACUUUUAAAUUAUUGAUUUCAGGUAUUUUGUCACAGCAACAGAAAACACAUUGUUAAAUUUUGAUGAAUGUAAUGAGCUAAAAUCAUUCAUAGUAGAAAUUGCCAAGCCAUAUAAAACAAAUCUUUUUUUUUCCUAUUUGUUUGCCACUGCUUUGUUCCCAUUAUUCAGUAAAUAUCUUUUCGUUACAUUUCUUUCUAGUAAACUACAUUCACUUACUUAGAAGGUAAAUCUCUAUAUUGACUAUGAAAUGCUUUAAUUUAUUUUUUAGGAAUUAGGAUAACUUUGCUUAAAUUAUUACUAUUGUUGAUGUUUUUGUUAGUGUUCUGGAAAUAAGCCUCCAUGAGAGUUUUAGUUGUCUGAGCCUAGCCUUGUUUUUUUCCAUAUGCCCUGGUUU